GGAGGCCGGGGAGACGCAACGCGCCUGCGGGCCCCCCCCCCCCCCCCGCCCCGGGCUCUCACCACGCAUGGGCAGACGCAACCUGGAGCAUCGAACCCGCGCCGGGUACGCCUGCGCAGAAGCGAGGCGCGCCGGGGCGGCUGGAGCGGUUCCCUCGCAGGCGGCGCCAUUUUGUGCUGUGAGCCGAGGUAAAUCCGGCCGGGUUCUCUGUGAAGCGGGUGGCGGAGCCAGGGUCCCUGGAAUGGCGGAGACUCUGUCGGGCCUAGGCGAUUCGGGUGCGGCGGGCGCGGCGGGCGCGGCGGCUCUGAGCUCCGCCUCGUCGGAGACCGGGACGCGGCGCCUCAGCGACCUGCGGGUGAUCGAUCUGCGGGCGGAGCUGAGGAAGCGGAACCUGGACUCGAGCGGCAACAAGAGCGUUUUGAUGGAGCGGCUCAAAAAGGCAAUUGAAGAUGAGGGGGGUAAUCCUGAUGAAAUUGAAAUUACCUCUGAAGGAAAUAAGAAGACACCAAAGAGGUCCAGCAAAGGGCGCAAACCAGAAGAAGAAGGUGUGGAAGAUAACGGGCUAGAGGAAAAUUCUGGGGACGGGCAGGAGGAUGUUGAGACCAGUUUGGAAAACUUGCAGGACAUCGAUAUGAUGGAUAUCAGUGUGUUGGACGAAGCAGAAAUCGAUAACGGGAGCGUUGCGGAUUGUGUGGAAGACGACGAUGCUGAUAAUCUCCCGGAGUCCCUGUCUGAUAGCAGAGAGCUAGUUGAGGGCGAAAUGAAAGAGCUUCCUGAACAGCUUCAGGAACAUGCUGUAGAGGACAAAGAAACUAUAAACAAUUUAGAUACUUCAUCAUCUGACUUCACUAUAUUACAGGAAAUUGAAGAGCCAUCCUUGGAGCCAGAAAAUGAGAAAAUACUCGACAUUUUGGGGGAAACUUGUAAAUCUGAGCCAGUAAAAGAAGAAGGUUCCGAGCUGGAGCAGCCAUUUGCACAGGAAACAAGUAGCGUGGGGCCAGACAGAAAGCUUGCGGAGGAAGAGGACCUUUUUGACAGCGCCCAUCCGGAGGAGGGUGAUUUAGAUUUGGCCAGCGAGUCAACAGCACAAGCUCAAUCGAGCAGGGCAGACACCCUGUUAGCGGUAGUGAAAAGGGAGCCCGUGGAGCAGACAGGCGAUGGCGAGAGGACGGACUGUGAGCCUGUAGGGCUAGAGAAGCCAGUUGAGCAGAGUAGUAAAGCCUCAGAGCACACGGAAGCCUGUAGCGAGGAGGCCUCGGAAGCGCCCCCGGAAGCCUCAAGCCCAGAGCCCAGGGAUAGCAAAGAAGACGUGAAGAAGUUUGCUUUUGAAGCUUGUAAUGAAGUCCCUCCGGCUCCUAAAGAGUCCUCAGCCAGUGAGGGCGCUGAUCAGAAAAUGAGUUCUGUCGAAGAUGACUCGGAUACCAAAAGGCUUUCCAAAGAGGAGAAGGGUCGUAGCAGUUGUGGUAGGAAUUUCUGGGUUAGUGGACUUUCUUCUACCACCAGAGCUACAGAUUUGAAGAAUCUUUUCAGCAAGUAUGGGAAGGUGGUGGGCGCCAAGGUUGUGACCAACGCCCGGAGUCCUGGAGCUCGCUGCUAUGGCUUUGUUACAAUGUCCACAGCAGAAGAGGCCACAAAGUGCAUUAACCACCUGCACAAAACAGAGCUCCAUGGGAAGAUGAUCUCGGUGGAAAAAGCGAAAAAUGAACCUGCUGGGAAGAAAACUUCUGACAAAAGAGAAGGGGAGGGGAAAAAAGAAAAGUCUAGCAAUGCUGACAGAUCUGCGAAUCUUAAGAGGGAAGAGAAGGCGGACAGGAAGGAGGAUGCUCGGAAGGGUGAAGAAGGCAGUGGAGAGAAGAGCAAAGAGCAGGAUGAUCAGAAGCCCGGCCCUUCGGAGCGGUCUCGAGCCACAAAAUCAGGAAGUCGAGGGACUGAGCGGACUGUGGUGAUGGAUAAAUCUAAAGGUGUGCCUGUUAUCAGUGUCAAAACAUCAGGAUCCAAAGACAGAGUUUCCAAGAGCCAGGAUCGCAAAUCUGCCAGCAGAGAAAAGCGGUCUGUUGUGUCCUUUGAUAAAGUCAAAGAGCCGAGGAAGUCGAGAGACUCAGAGUCCCGCAGCCUCUACUCCCCCUGCAGGGUGCGCGAGCGCAGCGAGCGAGAGCAGUGCAUGCAGGCGCAGCUGGAGCGGGAGGAGCGCAAGCGACUGCUCAUCGCCCGCGAGAGGCUGGCCUUCCACAGACACCGCCUCGAGCGCGAGCGGCUGGAGCGCGAGCGGCUGGAGCGGGAGCGCAUGCGCGUCGAGCACGAGCGCAGGCGCGAGCAGGAGCGCAUCCACCACGAGCGCGAGGAGCUGCGGCGCCAACAGGAGUUGCGCUAUGAGCAGGAGCGGCGGCCCGCCGUGCGGAGGCCCUACGAUGACGGGCGGCGAGAUGAUGCUUACUGGCCGGAAGCUAAGCGGGCCGCCCUGGAUGAGCGCUACCAUUCUGACUUCAACCGCCAGGACCGCUUCCAUGACUUUGACCACAGGGACCGGGGCCGCUACCCUGACCACUCGGUUGAAAGGAGAGAAGGUUCGAGGUCGAUCAUGGGAGAAAGAGAAGGACAGCAUUACCCCGAACGCCACGGAGGACCAGAGCGCCACGGACGGGACUCCCGUGAUGGGUGGGGCGGAUAUGGCUCUGACAAGAGGAUGAGCGAGGGCCGGGGGCUGCCUCCUCCACCCAGGGGCAGACGCGAGUGGGGGGACCAUGGCCGAAGAAUAGAGGAGGACCGCGCGUGGCAGGGUGCUGCUGACGGAGGCAUGAUGGACAGGGACCACAGGAGGUGGCAAGGCGGCGAGAGAAGUAUGUCUGGUCACUCCGGGCCAGGUCACAUGAUGAACCGGGGAGGCAUGUCGGGGCGUGGCAGCUUUGCCCCCGGGGGUGCCUCUCGGGGCCACGUGAUCCCACGUGGCGGCUUCGGGGGCCAGAACCGGGGGAGCCGACCCAACGACGCCCGCUUCACUCGCCGCUACUAAGUGCUUGGGCUCCUGUGUUCUGUCACAUGGCAACAAGAAUAUGUUCUGUUCAGAGUUCCCUUAAACUGUGUACAAUAAUUUUUUUUUUUUUAUCUGCUGCCAUAUUGUAGCUCAAUACAAUGUGAAUUUGUUUGUUUUUUUGGUUUUUUGUAAUAAAUGUGUUUCUGUUCACAUACCGUU